UAGACAACAACACAUAUAAUCAACUGAAAGGUGGUAGCAAAAUAGCCCAACAACAACAUGACCAUCGAUUCUCCAACUAUAAACCCAAGAUGGUCUCUUACCGGAAUGUAUGCUCUAGUCACAGGCGGUACACGGGGGAUUGGCUAUGCUGUGGUGGAGGAAUUGGCCGCACUAGGUGCGAUGGUGCACACUUGCUCUCGUACCGAAGCUGAACUAAACAAACGAUUACAGGAAUGGUCUGCCAAAGGCUUCACCGUCACUGGAUCCGUGUGCGAUGUUUCAUCCCGUCCUCAACGCGAACAACUCAUGGAAAAAGUCUCGUCCAUGUUUAACGGAAAGCUCAACAUCCUUAUAAACAAUGCUGGGACGAACUUGCUUAAGACUAUUACCACAGAGUUUACUGCCGAGGAGUAUUCGAUGUUUAUGGCUACUAAUUUGGAAUCUUGUUACCAUAUAUCUCAACUUGCACACCCUCUUUUAAAGGCUUCUGGAGUUGGUAGCAUUGUCUUCACUUCUUCUGUUGCUGGUCUAAUUAACAUUUCUAGAGGGUCUAUCUAUGCAGCCACUAAAGGUGCAAUAAUACAAAUUACAAAGGACUUCGCAUGUGAAUGGGCCGAAGACAAUAUUCGGGUUAAUAGUGUAGCACCUUGGUACACCAAAACUCCGCGUGUCCAACCUUUGCUAAGUGAUAAGAAGUUUAUGGAUAAACUGGUAUCUAGAACUCCGAUGAAACGACCAGCAGAACCAUAUGAAAUUGCAUCAACUGUUGCAUUCCUUUGCAUGCCUGCAGCUUCUUAUAUCACUGGCCAAACAAUUGCUGUUGAUGGAGGAUUUUCAGUCAACGCUUUCCCAUAAAUUGUGACUUCAUAUUCCCUAGUGCUCAAGAAAUUCACCUUGAUCUCGUGUGUCUAUUAUUUAUGUUAAUAAAGUGAUUAUUGUGGUAAUCGCAUUGUUCAAGGAGUUAAGCUCGUUGCUAUGAUUUAGAACUUCUCUGUCUUUGUUAUGUCCUAAAUUCUAUUCUUGGUGUUGCUUGUUGAAUCUAUUACGUGGAAAAAACAGAAAGAUGAACUUUGUAUUCAAUUUGAUUGAUUAAUAUUCUUGGUGUU